GCCACGUCCAACAGCACCCUGCAAUGCUCCUCAAAUGUCCCGGAUAUGAUGAGCAGGUCGUCCAGGUAGAAGAAAACGUGGUUCCUCAAACGCUGGGGAAUCACCUUAUCCAUCACGCGGCAAAGGCGCUGCGCCGCAUUGCACAGCCCAAACGACAUGGCCUUAAACUGGUACAACGGCCUUCCUGGUACGGUAAACGUGGUAUACUGCCGGCUUUCCCGAUCCAGUUCGAUCUGCCAAAACGCAUGCUUCACAUCCAGGCUGCUGAUGUAAACUGUGUCCUCCACUCGGCUCAAAAUCGAUUCAAUGCUCUGGAGUGGGCUUCUUUACCAAAGUCACUCAGUUGCUCCAUGGACUCUCACUUGGCUCAAUCACCCCUAGCCGAAGCAUCUCGUCGACUUCUGCAAACAACAGCGUCUGCACUGCUGGCGACACUGGAUAAAAGCGCUCUUUUACUGGCAGUGCUCCCUCUGCCAACUGAAUGUGGUGCUGCUCCACGGGCGUCCUACCCAGACCAUGCUCCUCGAAGGACCUGAAUUGGGCCAUGACUCGCUGUAGCUCCUCCUGUUGCCCCGCCUCUAACUUAUGCGGCUCCGUGGGUGAGCUCUUUCCCAAAUGCUCCUCAUCCAACUCAGCUACGUGAUGUUCUUCGUUUUCUGCCGGGAUCACAUCCGGAGCCAAACCGAACCUGCACCAAAAAUCCACGCCUAGAUAAAGUGGUUGGCAUAACGAUGGGCAAACGUGGAAUACCAUGUCCGACUCUGUUCCGCUAUA